AUGGCGGACGCGUUUGCCGUGCCCUCCGCACGGGCCUUUGAGCAGCGGUGGGCGCCGGAGGCGGCAAUCGCCUGGCUCGCCGGUAAACAGAUGUCCGGCCGGCGCCGCGCCGCCUUGCACCGCAUCACGGCGGCGAGGGGGCGGUCGGCCGCCGUCAACGUUGCCGCUCCGCCUCUCGAUCACCUGCCGGUCGUGGUGCGCUCGCUGUCGAGAGAAAGCGCCACCUCCGCCUCCUCCGCCGUGUCGUACGACCUCACCCCGCCGGCCUGCCUCCCGCCGCCCGACCUCCACUCGCCCCGCGACCUCGCGCCGUACCUCGAGCACGGAGGCCUCGAGCGCGACGACGAGCAAGGAGACCUCGAGGCGCCGCCCGCCGCCCUCAAGGCCGCCCACGUCAAGCCGCGCCGCCACUUCCACGCGGGCAGCUUCGGCUCCGCGUACUCGUCGUUUGAUGAUGGGGAGGAGGAGGAGCAGGAGGCCGUCUCGCCACACCCCCACGCAGUCGGGCUCGUCGACGAGCGGCUCCUAUAGCUCCCUCGCGGCGAACCGCCCCCUCGAGGCGGGCGAGUUGCAGUUGGACGCCGUGCUCGCGCCGCAGGGAGAGGAGGGAGGGGAGGGAGAGGGAGGCGAGCCGGACACGCCUCCGCCGGCUUCGGCGAGGCUCGCUGCUGAUGGGGCAGCCAGUGGCGGGUCCCCUCGAGAAGACGACUCGGACGCCGUGGAGCAGGUUGAAUUGCACCUCGAGGUUUAGCAGUUUUUACAGCUGCCGUCU